AUGGCUGAUUUCAAUGAAUAUUCUGAUCACAUAACGCAAGUUUUCGAGUCUGGUGAUCAAUUGACGAUUACUAAUAGAUCGAAGACUUACUGUGUAUCCAAAAAGUUCAUUUGUUCAUCCAUACCUUAUUUUCAAAGUAUGUUUUGCAGUGAUUUGUUAGAAGCCAAAGAAAACCGAGUUGAAUUGGAUCUUGAAGAACACAGUUUUAAUUGUAUACUCAAUUGGAUUCAUUCUGAAUCUGCCCAAAUUGAAAUGGAAAGAGUUAUUGCGUUAUUUGAUGCAGCCGAUUAUUUGAUGUUGAACGAUCUACCGAAUGAUUGUUACUCUUAUUUUCAUGCAAAUUUCACCAUUGAACAUCUUCCCAUUAUUAUUCCUCAAGUGACUAAAACAUCUAAACUGAUUAACUCUGGUGCCUUAAACACAUUCAUCUGUCGCCAUUUCUUGAAGAUUGUUAAGACUUCUAUUUUUCUGAAUUAUCCUGUUGAAACGGUAGAGUACAUCUGCGGUUUAGAUUUGAUGGUUUCUUCUGAAUAUCAAGUAUUGGAGGCAAUCAAUGAUUGGAUUAAAGCUAAAUCUGAUGACAGAAAAAAAUAUCUUCUGCAAUUAUUAAGAUGUAUUCGUUGGUGUUAUGCUGGAACUGAUGCCUCAUCUAAAAUUAUGGAAGUUCCGUACAUCGCAACAAUUCAAGAUAUUAAUGAAAUUCUGUGUUCUCCUGGUCACUGUAAACUUAAGUGCACUUCAAAUCGCACUGAUCAAUGUUCAUUGAUAUCCAUUCGGAAAAUUGAUGAUAGACGUCUCUGUAUACGAGUUCUCCAAUCACAAUUUUGGUUACCUGUUGGCUUCUUUAAUCUAGACGAUUCAAUGUCACUAGAAUUGGUUCAUGGAGAGAACAUAUCAGAUGUUCUAUAUGAUUGUGGAACCAAAGGAGUGCGAAUUGAUUGGGAAGCCAAGAAAUUCCGUUGGCUCAAUUUUGAAAGUGAUGAAUCAUAUUAUCUGCAAAUCAACAAACUGAUUGUCUCCAGUCAGGCUGCACCAAGUACCAUUCUCUACUUGGAAGACAAAUGUGGCGGAUAUGCUGAUGAUCCUUUUAUUGAACUUUUUCAUCUUCGCUCUCUCGCUACUUCUAGGGGAAGAAUUCCUGCUCCUAACUUUUCUGAUCAACAGCCGGUAAGCAUUAGCAACGCGAUUGAGAAUGAUCAUGCACAUUUGGCUUUUUUGUAUGCAAUCUCUUCUCAAUCAUCUGAUGAAUCUGCAAUUCACGACGUCCCAUCGACGAUUCCUUUAGAAAAUGAUGAAAGGUUACUUCUCGAGUCUGGUGGUAAAUUCAUUGUGGUUGGAAAAACCAAAGAUAAAAAGUUUUACGCUCUUUUUCCUAUUCGUCAUCUUGAAUGGGCUACUGAUUGCUUCUUGGAAGACAAAGAUGCAAAACUUCCUGAUUCGGUUUUGCAAGACAAAGUCAUCCUUAAAUCUGAUAAUAAAUUCAUUGUAAUUGGUAAAACUGAAGACAAGAAGAAGUGGUUUGACCUUUUUCCAGUUAAACAUAAAAGUUGGUUCAACAAUUAUAGAUACCUAAAACACUCUUUCCAUGCUACUGUUUUAGACAAUGUUGUUUAUAUAUUGACAAAGGAUCUCGAAUUUAUUCAAUUCAAUUACCAAACUCGAUCCUUUGAUAAGAGUAAACCAUUUAAAGACGAAAAAUUGGAUUUCAAUGAUUUAAUCUUAACUUCUCAUCAAACACACGAUGACAAAGUUAUUUUGGUCAAUAAAUCAACUGGAAAAGUGUAUGUUUUCUGCAUUAAUCAGAAGAAAUGGAUUGAGAAAUAUCGAAUCAUGAAUGUGAACUUAGGUUCCAACAGUCCCAAUGCUCCUGUUGAUGAGUUAAUUGUCUUCACUUCAACGUUUUUACCCAUGAAAGUUGUCAAACCUUUGUAUAAACACACCUUACUUUAA